AUGGCAGAACUUGCAGCAACAAAUGAAGCAAAUGAAGCACUGACACUGCAAAUUGCCCAGAUUUUACGAAACGGACUGGGAAAUACUUCCAGUCCAACAAUCAAUUCAGAUAUCAAACUCAACAUUCUAUUGAAUGGGGAUAAUUAUCCCCUAUGGUCACGACUUAUGAAAGUCGAGAUUGGAGUGAGAGACAACACGGAUCAUAUCACAGGCAUCAACACACCAUCCUCAACUGACGAUUCAGCUUAUAGAAAAUGGGAACGAGAAGAUUUAAGAGUCAUCUCGUGGAUCAUACAGAAUGUCGAGCCUCAUCUAGCUCCCAACUAUGUGGAAUUUCCAACAGCAAAAUCAUUAUGGGACUCAUUAGCCACCACAUAUGGGAGCAGAAGGGAUUCAUUCCAGAUAUAUGACCUAUACAACCAGGCAAGACAACAAAUUCAGGGAACACAGACAUUGCAAGAUUACUGGAAUAAACUACAAAGUUUAUGGCUAGCCAUCGACAGGAGGCAACCAAAUCCGAUGAAAUUAGAAGCCGAUAUUGCAGAAUACAACCGAAUCACACAAGAACAGAGGCUCUUUAAUUUUCUAGCCGGACUGGACGGAAAAUUUGAAAUGAUUCGUCGAGAGAUUCUCCGGAGAGAACCCCUUCCCUCAGCUGAAUCCGCGUAUGGAGAAAUUCGCCAGGAGGCCGCCAGGGACGCAAUAUUGCAUCCAACAACCUCCGGCAACGUCAUCACUGCCGGAGAUUCAUCAUCACAGGGAAUCGGAAUCGGGUCGGGGCUAGCUACCAGAAACAGUGAUCGAAGCACACAGAAACACAAAUCGGGAGGAUUCAACAGGAAAAUUGACAAAAGCAAACUCUUUUGCACACAUUGCAAUCGAGCAAAACAUACAAAUGAAACCUGUUUCCUCCUUCAUGGCUUCCCGGAUUGGUGGGAAGAUGGUCACAAGCCGGGAAAACCGAACAACACAAGAAUAGCUGCGGCGGCGGGCAGCCAUGAGGCCACCAACACCAGCGGCGGCCAUGGAAUCAACGGAAAAGGACUGGUGGCAGCCGGAAGCAGCGGCGCACAACAUGGAGGCAGCAGCGAUAAUCAGAGCGGCACAAAAGGAGGACAUUCUUACACAGGAGAUCAUUGGGCGUGGUACUGA